AUUAGUGGAUACCUCAACCUGCUGGCCAACACCAUUGAUAACUUUACACAUGGCCUGGCGGUAGCAGCCAGCUUCCUGGUUAGCAGAAAGGUUGGGUUCCUAACCACAAUGGCCAUUCUGCUGCACGAAAUCCCACAUGAGGUUGGAGACUUUGCAAUCCUACUUCGGGCUGGCUUUGACCGCUGGAGUGCAGCCAAAAUGCAGCUUUCCACAGCUCUGGGGGGGAUUCUAGGAGCCUGCUUUGCAAUAUGUGCUCAGUCACCAAAAGGAGCAGGUGAAACAGUAGCCUGGAUCCUCCCUUUCACUUCUGGAGGAUUUCUGUAUAUUGCCUUGGUAAAUGUUGUGCCUGAUCUCUUGGAGGAAAAGAAUCCUUGGAACUCCCUGCAGCAAAUUCUGCUCCUGUGUACAGGCAUUACAGUCAUGGUGCUACUCUCGUUCACAACUGAGUGACCUCUGCGCAGACCUCAUGAUGCCUCCCAGAGCCACCACAGUGACUCUGAGCUGUUACAAAGCAAUAAGGAACACUAAUGUUACUUCCUAUGUGUGUGCGUGCAGAUCUGGCUGCUAGUAUGAGAAGCAGGUGAGAAAGAGGUCUGAGUGUACAGGACUUCAUUCCCUGGCUCUCCUAUCCCUGUUCUGCUAAAAUCCACACAUCAGGGCUUCCGUGGUUUUUUUUGUUUUGUUUUUUAAUGGAGCAAAAGAUACAGUGAGCAGAAAUGAACUGAACAACUGCUCUACAGUGAAUGGGCAAUGUUUCGUUUGGUUCAUUCUGAUGGAACUGC